AUGACAGAAGGUGAGGCAUCCUCUUCGGAACCAAUCUUGAUCAUCAACGACAGGCCAAUUCAUUUGGUCGAAGGCUGGGAGCACGGAAUUGGCGGGGGACUGUGGACAACGGGCUUGGCCAUUGCCACCUACUUGGGGACGCCUCAUGGAAUGGAACAAUUGAGCACCAAACGCCGGGUCUUGGAGCUGGGGAGUGGAAAUGGAUUCUUGGGGGUUUGUUUGCUAGUAGCCAAUCCAGACUUGGAGCAGGUUGUCAUUACCGAUACAAAAGAGCAUUUGCCUCUGAUUGAAAAGACACUUCAACGAAACGGAAUUGAAAGUGCCACAAGAACAACCAUUGAUAACAAUAGCAAGGACGAUGCAUCGAAACUGUCAAGUAGCAGCAGCAAAGUUCUGGUGAAAGAAUAUCUUUGGGGACCAACUACAGCGGAAACAUCUCCAGCAAUCAAAGACAAUUCCUUUGAUUUGAUCAUCGGGUCGGACCUUGCCUACCGAAACGAAUUGCACGACCCAUUGAUUGCCUCUAUACUGGCAGCCUCCAACGCCGACACGGUGACACUGUUGGGAGUAACCAUGCGUGAUACCCGGCCCAUCUUUUUUCAAAAACUGAUUGCGGCUGGUUUGAAGUAUGAACGCUUAGCUGAUCACUUGCUCGAGAAUCUCUAUCGGGGAAAACGGUUUGGAGUCUAUGUUAUUUGUAGAGAUGACGAGAGCAGCCAAUAG